CUGAUUUGUCCGUGGAGCGGGUCUGUCUGAUUUGUCCGUGGUGUGGUCUGUCUGAUUUGUCCGUGGAGUGGGUCUGUCUGAUUUGUCCGUGGAGCGGGUCUGUCUGAUUUGUCCGUGGUGUGGUCUGUCUGAUUUGUCCGUGGUGUGGUCUGUCUGAUUUGUCUGUGGUGUGGUCUGUCUGAUUUGUCCGUGGAGCGGGUCUGUCUGAUUUGUCCGUGGAGCGGGUCUGUCUGAUUUGUCCGUGGAGCGGGUCUGUCUGAUUUGUCCGUGGAGCGGGUCUGUCUGAUUUGUCCGUGGAGCGGGUCUGUCUGAUUUGUCCGUGGUGUGGUCUGUCUGAUUUGUCCGUGGAGUGGUCUGUCUGAUUUGUCCGUGGUCUGUCUGAUUUGUCCGUGGUCUGUCUGAUUUGUCCGUGGAGUGGUUCUGUCUGAUUUGUCUGUGGUGUGGUCUGUCUGAUUUGUCCGUGGAGCGGGUCUGUCUGAUUUGUCCGUGGUGUGGUCUGUCUGAUUUGUCCGUGGUGUGGUCUGUCUGAUUUGUCCGUGGAGUGGGUCUGUCUGAUUUGUCCGUGGUGUGGUCUGUCUGAUUUGUCCGUGGAGCGGGUCUGUCUGAUUUGUCCGUGGUGUGGUCUGUCUGAUUUGUCCGUGGUGUGGUCUGUCUGAUUUGUCCGUGGUCUGUCUGAUUUGUCCGUGGUGCGGUCUGUCUGAUUUGUCCGUGGAGCGGGUCUGUCUGAUUUGUCCGUGGAGCGGGUCUGUCUGAUUUGUCCGUGGAGGGGUUCUGUCUGAUUUGUCCGUGUGUCUGAUUUGUCCGUGGUGUGGUCUGUCUGAUUUGUCCGUGGUGUGGUCUGUCUGAUUUGUCCGUGGUGUGGUCUGUCUGAUUUGUCCGUGGUCUGUCUGAUUUGUCCGUGGUCUGUCUGAUUUGUCCGUGGUGCGGUCUGUCUGAUUUGUCCGUGGAGCGGGUCUGUCUGAUUUGUCCGUGGAGCGGGUCUGUCUGAUUUGUCCGUGGAGGGGUUCUGUCUGAUUUGUCCGUGUGUCUGAUUUGUCCGUGGUGUGGUCUGUCUGAUUUGUCCGUGUGUCUGAUUUGUCCGUGGUGUGGUCUGUCUGAUUUGUCCGUGUGUCUGAUUUGUCCGUGGUGUGGUCUGUCUGAUUUGUCCGUGGUGUGGUCUGUCUGAUUUGUCCGUGGAGCGGGUCUGUCUGAUUUGUCCGUGGAGUGGUCUGUCUGAUUUGUCCGUGGAGCGGGUCUGUCUGAUUUGUCCGUGGAGCGGGUCUGUCUGAUUUGCCCGUGGUGUGGGUCUGUCUGAUUUGUCCGUGUGUCUGAUUUGUCCGUGGUGUGGUCUGUCUGAUUUGUCCGUGUGUCUGAUUUGUCCGUGGAGUGGGUCUGUCUGAUUUGUCAAUGGAGCGGGUCUGUCUGAUUUGUCCGUGUGUCGGAUUUGUCCGUGGAGUGGGUCUGUCUGAUUUGUCCGUGGAAUGGGUCUGUCUGAUUUGUCCGUGGUGUGGUCUGUCUGAUUUGUCCGUGGUGUGGUCUGUCUGAUUUGUCCGUGGUGUGGUCUGUCUGAUUUGUCCGUGGUGUGGUCUGUCUGAUUUGUCCGUGGUGUGGUCUGUCUGAUUUGUCCGUGGUGUGGUCUGUCUGAUUUGUCCAUGGAGCGGGUCUGUCUGAUUUGUCCGUGUGUCGGAUUUGUCCGUGGAGUGGGUCUGUCUGAUUUGUCCGUGGAAUGGGUCUGUCUGAUUUGUCCGUAGAAUGGGUCUGUCUGAUUUGUCCGUGGUGUGGUCUGUCUGAUUUGUCCGUGGUGUGGUCUGUCUGAUUUGUCCGUGGUGUGGUUCUGUCUGAUUUGUCCGUGGUGUGGGUCUGUCUGAUUUGUCCGUGGUGUGGGUCUGUCUGAUUUGUCCGUGGAGUGGGUCUGUCUGAUUUGAUGUGUGUUUAGAUCCAGAGUCUGCGAGGGUUGCCAGCUCAAAGAUCACCACCACCUUGGGACUGGUGGUCCAUGCAGCAGCGGACGGCGUGGCUCUCGGAGCAGCAGCUUCCACCUCUCAGACCAGUGUACAGCUCAUUGUCUUCGUGGCCAUCAUGCUUCACAAGGCCCCAGCAGCCUUUGGCCUGGUCUCUUUCCUGAUGCAUGCUGGUCUAGAGAGGAACCGGAUCCGUAAACACCUGCUGGUCUUCGCCCUGGCAGCACCCGUCCUCGCCAUGGUUACCUUCGUAGGACUCAGCCAGUCCAGUAAAGAGGCACUGUCAGAUGUGAACGCCACGGGCGUGGCCAUGUUGUUCUCUGCCGGGACCUUCCUGUACGUCGCCACGGUACAUGUCCUUCCCGAGGUGGGCGGGACCGGACACAGCCACGCUCCUGUUCAGGGGAAGGAAGCAGCGAAGGGACUGAGCAAGGUGGAGGUUGGGGCUCUGGUUCUGGGCUGUCUGAUACCGCUGGUGCUGUCUGUUGGACACCAGCACUAGACACACACACUGCUACCAGACAUACAGGAGACCCAGAGGGGCGAGAGGAGAGAAAGGAUGUAGGAAGGAAGAGGUUUUAGAAGGAAAAGCAGCCAAAACAGACAUCUCUUAUGUCUUUAUUUAUCUGUUCUGUGACUGCUGAUUGGUUGGAGUGGGACAACGACGCGCGGCGGGAUCAAAACCAUUAUAACCCACACCGGAAGACACGGGGGUGAUGAUGUCAUAAUAACAGCACCCUCCCACUUUUCUUUCUACCCUCUACGAGAAGUUAUGUCUGUUGAGACUGUUGACGAGAGACUUGUACUACCAUGUGUUUUUAUAUAUUUGAUUUGAGCUCUAGCUAGGCUGUACAGAUAAGCAAGAGAGUUGGAUUAUGGCCGUAUCCUCUUUCAGUGAUACAGACGAACUGUCGACCGACCUCCUGAAACUCAUCUUAAUGGAACAUUUGUUUGAAGACUUGGGCUGUAUGAAAUGUAAAGACCUUAUAUUGUGACUAUUUGCAGUAAAAGUAUUUUUAUUUUUUAUUUUUUAAAUCAAUGAUUUAAACCCUCACUGGUUUUCAGACACACUAUAAUAACUUUGCUCUCACUGUAAAAUGAAAUCUGAUAGUUAUUUAUGUUCUUCCUAGUGGGAAUCAAGUAAGUAUUUAGAAGUUUUACAUGUAAGUAGUUGUAUUUCUAUUACGUUUGAUCUUACUUAAUGGUUACUUAUAUAUCUGCUCUACUAGUAAUAUGAAACGUCUGGGAGAAAUGUGUCUGUAAGACUGAUUUCCACAGACCCUAACCCUUGUUAACUGAAAGUUAAUGACUGUCUUGCUUCAGGCACAUAAAGGAACCGCUUGCCCCGGGAUCAGCCUCUUAAAUGAUACACCGAAACAUCUAAA